UUUCCGUGGGGCGCGUGAAGGCAGCACAGCUCCAGGUCGCGGUCCCCCGGUGUGAGAGGAGUCUCGUUGGUGCGUGGCCGCCGCUGGGCUCAGUGGUUCAGCCGGCAUCACAUCCGUGUCUCUCCUCCUCGCUGUGGACUCUUACUUCACGCCGAGCUCAGCCUCACUCGCUUCUCACCAUGGGAGACGUCACAGCCUCUAACAUGAGCAGUUUGCGGACGUGCAAGGAGACAUUCGACAGAAGCAGCUCUGAACCUGUGGAGGACACGGACACUACCAGCUUUGUGGCGGAAUUUUCCUUGGAGGCCAAUUAUCCAGUUCAAGUGACAGAACCUCAUGCAGGCGCUGUGACGCUGCACCUGAGCUCAAUGCCCUCUGGAUACCUGAGUACCUCCUCAGACAGAAUAAGACAGCCAGUUGAAGAUGUUGAAGAAUGCUCUUGCCCAACAUCUACUUCCCCAGACUACCCCAAAGAACUGCAGUUGCUAAACAGCCCCUGUGAAAAGUGCUGCUUCCCAGCACCUCCUCCCAAGAUCAGUGACCUCAUGAACGACAAAGACCUCCUGGACUUGCUGCGGCUCAAAUUGGAUCCAAACCACUGCACCAUCAAAAACUGGAAAAACUUUGCCAGUCGCUGGGGAAUGAGCUAUGAUGAACUGACCCUACUGGAGCACCGGACCCAGGGCUCCUUGUCCCACAGCCCCACCCAGGAGUUCCUGCUGCGCUACAACCAGAAAACAGUCACUGAGCUCACUGAACUUUGCCGCAUCUACCAGCGCAAUGAUGUACUGCGACUGCUGCAGAGCUGGAUAGAGAAGGACUGGCCGUCAAGGUGGCAACAGACUCAUUAACCAGUUUGACUCUAUAUUUGUUCUGUCUCUGUUCUUUCUUCUGUCAGGGUUGUAUUAAGGUAUUUCUUCUUCACCAGCUUUGAUACAUGUUCCCCCAGCCUGUCUGUCCGACUGAAAUGUUUCCACUAGUGGAUAGUGUCGUCAAACUUUUCACCGAUAUCCAUGGUGAUUUUCAGCAAUCUAAUGAGGCAGCGAAGCAAACAGACCAAAAUAUUCCCACAUUUGACUUUUGACGUUUUACACACAAGCCUUAAAUGAUCUGGCUUGAAUGUGGCCAUCUUUAGCAACUUAAACCAGCCACACUUGAUGGUGAUUGGACCAAAAGGAUCGUAUGACACAUGCAGUUGGAAGACAAUGAAAUAAGUGUUGUGUGUAGUAUAUAAAAUGUAUGCAUCCAGCCCUUACUUUAGAUAGCAAAUAUAUAUAUAAAAAUACUUUGGGGAUUUAAUGUUAAUAGGGAAAUGAAAAGGCUUUUUGUUACGUUUGUAAAAUAAUGAGGGGCAACAGUUUCAGUUUCAUCUUUUAUUAUUUAUUUAUCCUUGUAUAGAUUAAGAUCGAUACCACCUGCCACUGCAGAUUUAAGCUAUUACCCGUUCACAUUAUGACAGGCCACAGGCUGGUUUUAUUGAACACCAAAUCUUCUGAUUUGCAGUGUACUCCACUUCAAGCAGCUCUUUUACUCUGCGCUGCUGCACCUACACUGCAGGUGCACUUAGAGAUGGGCGUCUGCAGAGUUUGUGUGCCCAAGACCUACUGCCCUGUGCUGGUUGCCCUUGUAUGGUUAGCAUUGGGCCCUUAAGCUUUUUAAUGUGCAUCUGUGUGUAUAACAAAGUUCAAAACAGUGGCAGAGUAUUUAUUUUUUAAGAAAUAUUUUAAGAUACACCCGUAAAACCUACACACCAGCAGGAUGUGCUUCACAGCCAUGACUAAUAACUGCUCUGGUUUUGUCUCAUUUAUGGUUGUACUGUUAUUGUCUCCUGUGGGAUGGAGACAGUGGAAUGGAGAACAUAUAGAUCUGGAAGUGUAAUAUUUCUUUCAUAAAUCUCAAUCUUGAAAAUAAUCUACAAAAAUAUUUUUUUCGUUGAAUUUGAUAAAUCAAAGACUACAGUUCAGAUUUUUUAUUUUGAAGAAAUAGAAUGUCUUUAUUGUACUUGUUC